GUGUCCCCCACAUCCCGCUUCUGCUUCGUUGUUCCUGGGGCCAGGCUGGACCAUGUCAUUCCGUCUUGCUGCACGUCUUGAGGUCUCAUUCACCCCCCUGACUCGUUCCAUCGUGAAUAGAUCGGCCAACCGUCCACCACCAAAGCCCCGUGCAGGCAACAUCACAACCCCAGAGGCUUUCCUUAAGGCGAUAGGACGUUCCUCGGAGACGAAGCUGACUGGUGUUGAGUCAUGGGAACAGCUGUGGCACACUAACGGCUACCAGAUGAAAAAGGCAGGACUCUCUGUACGAGACCGCAGGUAUGUCCUGUGGAGUAUGGAGAAGUUCCGCCAAGGCGAGGAUCCUGCAGACUUCGCUCAUCCGGCGAAGCCUGAGAAGAAGAUUCGAGGACGUGGACCUGCCGUGCAGAAUGGCAAACGUCUGCGCUCAAGAAGACAGUAGUAGUGACGACAAGUUCGCCGUAUAUGGCCAGCACCGUGUGUGCAUUCUAGAUCGGCAUGCGUCCUGUACCUGUAAUAAUCGCGCCCUUAAUCACAGCUUACGCUGCCGCCCGACGCUUUGUGGCUGCUUCGUCGCCUCGAGGUGUGAUUCAUGCCCUCCCUGCUGCAUGGCAGAGAGCACAGCUCGUG